CCCCAGGCCAACAAGGAGCUGCAACCAUGAAUGAAGAAAAUACAGAUGGAACAAAUGGAUACAGUAAAGUCCGAACUGGUACUCAGAAUGAAGCAGCAUUACUUGCUUUGAUGGAAAAGACUGGAUACAACAUGGUUCAAGAAAAUGGGCAAAGGAAGUUUGGUGGUCCGCCUCCAGGUUGGGAAGGUCCACCUCCACCUAGAGGCUGUGAAGUUUUUGUAGGAAAAAUACCUCGUGAUAUGUAUGAAGAUGAGUUAGUUCCUGUAUUUGAAAGAGCUGGGAAGAUAUAUGAAUUUCGACUUAUGAUGGAAUUUAGUGGUGAAAAUCGAGGUUAUGCUUUUGUGAUGUAUACUACAAAAGAAGAAGCCCAGUUAGCCAUCAGAAUUCUUAAUAAUUAUGAGAUUAGACCAGGGAAGUUUAUUGGUGUGUGCGUAAGCCUGGAUAAUUGCAGAUUAUUUAUUGGAGCUAUUCCAAAGGAAAAGAAGAAGGAAGAAAUCUUGGAUGAAAUGAAGAAAGUUACAGAAGGAGUUGUAGAUGUCAUUGUUUACCCAAGCGCAACUGAUAAGACAAAAAAUCGCGGUUUUGCAUUUGUUGAAUAUGAAUCUCACAGAGCUGCUGCUAUGGCUAGGCGAAAACUAAUUCCAGGAACCUUCCAACUGUGGGGCCAUACCAUUCAGGUAGAUUGGGCUGACCCAGAGAAAGAGGUUGAUGAGGAAACCAUGCAGAGAGUUAAAGUUCUCUAUGUACGAAAUUUAAUGAUCUCAACUACAGAGGAAACAAUUAAAGUAGAAUUCAGUAAAUUCAAACCUGGUGCAGUUGAACGAGUAAAGAAACUUAGAGAUUAUGCUUUUGUUCACUUUUUCAACCGAGAAGAUGCAGUGGCUGCUAUGUCUUUUAUGAAUGGAAAAUGCAUUGAUGGAGCAAGUAUUGAGGUAACACUGGCAAAACCUGUAAAUAAAGAAAACACUUGGAGACAGCAUCUUAAUGGUCAGAUUAGCCCCAAUUCAGAAAACCUGAUUGUGUUUGCUAACAAAGAAGAGAGCCACCCCAAAACUCUAGGCAAGCCACCAACUCUUCCAGCUCGUCUCAAUGGCCAGCAUAGCCCAAGCCCCCCUGAAAUUGAAAGAUGCACUUAUCCAUUUUUUCCUGGAACAAAGCUUACUCCAAUUAGUAUGUAUUCUUUAAAAUCCAGUCAUUUCAAUUCUGCAGUAAUGCAUUUGGAUUAUUACUGCAACAAAAAUAAUUGGGCACCACCAGAAUAUUAUUUAUAUUCAACAACAAGUCAAGAUGGGAAAGUACUCUUGGUAUAUAAAAUCAUUAUUCCUGCUAUUGCAAAUGGAUCCCAGAGUUACUUCAUGCCAGACAAACUCUGUACUACUCUGGAAGAUGCAAAGGAACUGGCAGCCCAGUUUACAUUACUUCAUUUGGACUACAAUUUCCGUCGCAGCUCAAUAAAUAGUCUUUCCCCUGUUAGUGCUACCCUCUCUUCUGGGCCUCCCAGCCUGCUUCCUUACACUUCAAGGCCUUAUUCUUAUCCAAGCUAUCCCUUGUCACCAACAGUAUCACUUGCUAAUGGCAGCCAUGUUGGACAGCGGCUAUAUAUCUCCAAUCAGGCCUCAUUCUUCUGA